AGAAAGAUGAGACAUUACUACCAGGAUCUUAAGAGAGGGGUUUCAUCGAUAUGAGAAGAAAACAAAACAAAGUAUGGAUAAAGGGGUAAACGUUUGAAUGCAGGAGAGGAAUUAAGGUGGGCCAGCUGACUACUGUGUUGUUCUGAGAAAAGGGCUUCGGAAAUACAGCUGCCUACACGGGAACUUUAGUAAACAGAUUUUGUGAAGGGCUAGUUGAGACAAACAGACACUCUGUUUGGAUCAGAUGGACAAAGGGAUUUACCACUUCAAGAGAAAUUGACAUCCUCCCCUCAAUACUCCCGAGUUUUGUUGUCCUUCUCACCACUCCUUCCUCUUCUUCUCAGCUUCACAGGCAGCAAUAUUAACAAUGAAAAACCACACCUAUAUGACAGAAUUCAUCCUGCUGGGACUGACAGACAUCCCAGAGAUUCAGAGUAUCAUCUUCAUACUUCUCUUCUUCACCUACCUACUCAGCACCUUAGGUAACCUGACAAUCAUCACCCUUACACUACUGGACUCCCAUCUCCAGACUCCCAUGUAUUUCUUCCUCUGGAACUUCUCCUUCCUAGAAAUUUUCUUUACAACCACUUUUACUCCUAGGCUACUGUUCAGCAUCUCAGCUGGGAACAAGAGCAUCAGCUUUGCUGGCUGCUUCACUCAGUAUUUCUUUACCAUAUUCCUUGGGGCCACAGAGUUUUACCUUCUGGCUGCCAUGUCCUAUGACCGCUAUGUGGCCAUCUGCAAACCCCUGCAUUACACGACCAUCAUGAGCAACAGAGUCUGCAUCCAGUUGGUUCUCUGCUCAUGUUUGGCUGGAUUCCUGAGCAUCCUCUCCCCUAUUAUCCUAACCAGUCAACUGGAUUUCUGUGCCUCCAAUGUCUUGAAUCAUUAUUUUUGUGACUAUGGACCCCUCAUAGAAAUAUCCUGCUCAGACGCACGACUCCUGGAGCUGGCUGACUUUAUCUUAGCAGUUGUGACCUUGGUGGUCACCCUGGUGAUGGUGAUUCUCUCCUACGCAAACAUCAUCUGGACCGUUCUGAAGAUCCCCUCUGCUCAGCAAAGGAAGAAGGCCUUUUCCACGUGUUCCUCCCACAUGAUUAUCAUCUCCCUCUCUUACGGAAGCUGCAUCUUCAUGUACAUAAAACCCUCAGCAAAAGAAGGAGUUACCCUCAAUAAGGGAGUGGCUGUGCUCAAUACAUUAAUUGCCCUUUUACUCAACCCCUUCAUUUACACCCUAAGGAAUAAGCAAGUAAAACAAGCCUUCAAUAAUAUGGCCAGAAAAAUAGGGCAUCUUUAUUCAUUUUAA